CGGGCCAAUUGGAGACGGUAGGCGCUGGCGAAUAGGAAGCCAAAGAGAUUUAGCAUCGUCACGAGAGCUGGUAGAGGAAUCGUCACGUUUUAGAGGAGGAAGGUUUUUUUCUGAGGGGUGUUCGCAUGUGUUUGUGGUGGUCGUGAAGAGGGGGUGCCUGCCUGAUGUGGCCUGCCUGAACCCCCCCGUCGCCCAGAGCGCGUUUUGCCCCACCCUGGGAAAUGCGCAGCACUGACUCACGGUGACAAUUCCGAGGCUCCUGCCUGAGAGUGUGUGUGAGUGUGUGUGUGAGAGAGUGUGAGUGUGUGUGACCGAGCCUGCCUCCAUUGCAUCCGAGGAGAAGAAGAGGAAGAGGAGGAGAGAAGGAGCAGAAGAGGAAGGAUAAAGAGCAGGAGGAAGGAUAAGGAUAAGUAGCUCCCUGGCCGUCACGUUGCGCACGACGACGCCUGGCAUCAUCAGCAAGAUGGGAGAGGCAGAGACGAGGCAGAGGCUGCUGCGCAGCGUGAAGAAGGAGGUGAAACAGAUUAUGGAGGAGGCGGUAACUCGUAAAUUCGUACACGAAGACAGCAGCCACAUCAUAUCUUUCUGCGCUGUGGUGGAGGCCUGUGUGUUGCACGGUCUGAAGAGGAGAGCGGCAGGUUUCCUCCGCAGUAACAAGCUGGCAGCGCUCUUUGCCAAAGUGGGGAAAGUCCUUACUCCUGCUGAGGAUCUGUGCAAGAAGGUGCAGGAGCUGGAGCAGAUCAUCGAAAACAAUUCCAGACAGAGCCAGUCCCAGACCAGCCAGGACAGCAUCCGUAAGCAGCCGCGGGGGUCUGGCCUCACCCCCCAGGCCAUCAAACACCUGUGGAUCCGCACAGCGCUGACCGAGAAGGUUCUGGACAAGAUCGUUCUGUACCUGGUGGAGAACAGCAGUAAAUUCUAUGAGAGAGAAGGUUUGCUGAGGGAUCCUGUUGAUGGUCCAAUCCUCGCAUCUCUAUUGGUCGGCCCCUGCGCUCUGGAGUACACCAAGGCAAAGACAGCCAAUCACUUUUGGACGGACCCCUCAGCUGAUGAGCUGGUGCAGAGGCACCGCAUCCACAGCGGGCACUGCCGCCAGGACUCCCCCACCAAGCGCCCUGCUCUGAUCCAGAAGAGGCAGUCGAGCGGCAGUAUGGACGACAGGCCCUCUCUGUGGGCCCGGGACUACGUGGAAUCUCUCCAUCAGAACUCCAGAGCCACGCUGCUGUUCGGCAAGAACAACGUCCUGGUCCAGCCAACAGACGACAUGGAGGCAAUCCCAGGAUACCUCUCUCUCCAUCAGACUGCAGAGCUUAUGACGCUGAAGUGGACACCGAACCAGCUGAUGAACGGCAACAUGGGAGAGCUGGACUAUGAGAAAAGUGUGUACUGGGAUUAUGCGAUGACCAUACGUCUCGAGGAAAUUGUCUACCUGCACUGCCAUCAACAAGUGGACAGCGGUGGCACUGUGGUGUUGGUGAGCCAGGAUGGGAUCCAGAGGCCACCGUUCCGCUUCCCAAAAGGAGGUCACCUGCUGCAGUUCCUCACCUGUCUGGAGACGGGGCUCCUCCCACACGGCCAGCUGGAUCCUCCCCUGUGGUCCCAGAGGGGAAAGGGAAAGGUUUUCCCCAAACUGCGGAAGAGAAGUCCACACGGCUCCUGCGAGUCCUUUUCCGAUAAGGAUGACGACGAGGCGACGGAUUAUGUGUUUCGGAUAAUAUACCCAGGCAGUCAGGAGUUUGUUGGCCCAGAACUGAUGGACCAGAGCAUGAGCAUGUGGCAGCCCACUCCCAGAAAGUCUUCCUGCUCCUCCUGCUCUCAGAACGGAUCUUCUGAUGGCGGACUUCCCAACGGGUGCAAUCAUGACAGGGCGCCUCUGAAGUUGCUCUGCGAGACCAUGAAGUACCAGAUCAUUUCUCGAGCUUUCUAUGGCUGGUUGGCCUACUGCCGUCACCUGUCCACCGUCCGGACUCACCUGUCGGCUCUAGUCAACCCCGCCAUCAUCGAGCCGGAUGUUCCGUACGAUGCCAAAGGAGGACUCUCUGCAGAAGUGUGGAAGGCGUUUCUACAGGACAGUUCUGCUUAUGAAGAAGCAGAGCUUCUCCGGUUGGUGUACUAUGGUGGGGUAGAUCCGACCCUCCGAAAAGAGGUGUGGCCGUUCCUGCUGGGCCAUUAUCACUUCACCAUGACUCUCAGUGAGAGAAAGGAGGUGGAUGAGCAGGUCCGGGCGUGUUAUGAGCAGACUAUGAGCGAGUGGCUGGGCUGUGAGGCCAUUGUGAAGCAACGUGAGAAGGAGCAGCAUGCUGCCGCCCUCGCCAAGUGUGCCUCUGGUGCCAGUGUGGACCGGAGCCUGCGGCAGGACUCCACCAUCAGCACUGACUCUUCCCAGAGUAGUAGCUCAGAGAAGCAAAGCCAUGCCGGUUCUCAAAGUGACACAAACAGUAGCACUCAGGUGUUUGGGUCUGUCGACGAGGUUGACCCAAUCGAAUCUGAACCUAAGCCAAAAGACGAGAAGCCACAGCCCAAAAUCCCCAACGGCACGCUUCCCAACUGCACCAGUUCUCCAGACUCUGGACAUCCAUCAUCUCGCAACUUCUCUGUCACAUCUGGACUCUCCGAUUGUUCUCCAAGCACAGAGGAUGCUUCUACACAAGAGUCUGGAACCAAAAUUCUGGCAGCAGAAGCAUCAACAGUGACUUCUGAAGUGACUGUAGAACCUGCAGCCAACUCAAGCCAGGAAAACAAGGAAGCACUUAAAGAGGAGCCAGUGCAACCGAGCUCAACUGUUGUAGAAGCAGUCAAGGAAGAUCCUGUAGAUCCUGUAGAUCCUGUGGAAUCGACUACAGAGGACAUUAUUGUGGACGAAAAGACGAUCAAAGCUCAGGAAAAUCAGAAUGUAGAGAACGCCAAUGCCAAAGAACUUAGCAGGACUGACAAAUCCUUGGAGUUGCAGACAGAAAAGAUGGAUUUGAGUGAAACAUCUGAGAGGAAUUCUACAGUUUCCGAAAGUGUAGAAAGCACGUUACCUGAAACACAAGAGAAGAAGGGUCUUGAGAUUCUUGAAACACAAAAGGAGGAGACAAAAGCUUCAGACGACAAUGAAAAACACGAGCAACAGGAAAUCCAAUCAUCAGAGGCUUCUGUGGAAGAAACAACAAAAGCCUUAGAGGAAAUCAGGGACUCACAAGUGACGAAUGAGGCACAGGAAAACACAGAAAACACCUCAGAACCUGAUGUAGAUAACACUGCAAAGUCAACCCCAGAUUCAACUGUAGAAACGGACGUUAACUCUAAAACACAAGCCAAAUGUGAUCAUCAUAAACCACUGACCAAACAGUUUUCUGUAGACGAUACGGAUACGAAGAGCACAGAUGCGAAAAGCCUUGAGGAGGUUGAAGACCUUGCAGCAUCUGAGCCACCAAAUAGAUUGGAUUGCGUUGGGCCUUCUGUAAAUGAAACCAGGCCUGCUCCACCUUGCACUAAAUUACCACACAUGGAAUUGAUCAUGAACAAUCCAUCUGACUCGCCAGAGAAGCCAGCUACGCAAAGCUUCACGAACUGGGACUCUGAUCAGAGCCGGUGCAAGGCUUUAAUCAAACAAAUGACAGACCCUGUACCUGAGAGCUGCAUUUCCAUCAUGUCUCUAUCCAAGCAUUCUCCAGACAUGUCAGACGACUCUCCGUCUGCUUUAGAAAUGGAGGAAAUAUCGUCUGCUUUGGUAUUCAUGCCUGCAGAGGACAUCCUGACCAAGGCUCCUAUUGCGAUGGGCCCUCCACUGGCUCUGUCAAUCCCACCAGAGAAGGUGGCAGUGGGUAUGCCCGCUCUGGAGCUGUGCAUGGAGACCGGCGUGAACACCAGCCCAGAGGGCACCGAGUCAGCCUUGUCGGAGGAAGAGCCGGAGAUGGAGAGCUUGUUCCCCAAACCAGACUCUUUAGCUGUUGGAGGAGAACACAAGAACGAUGUUGCGUCUCCAGUUUCUUCCAUUGGAACCACUUACUCUCAAGAGCUGCUGGACUUGUACACCCUCAAUCUGCACCGUAUCGAUAAAGACGUCCAGCGCUGUGAUAGAAAUUACUGGUAUUUUACCACAACAAAUCUGGAGAAACUGCGUAACAUCAUGUGCAGCUAUGUUUGGCAGCAUCUGGAUAUCGGCUAUGUGCAGGGAAUGUGUGAUUUACUCGCGCCUCUGCUUGUUAUUCUUGACGAUGAGGCCAUGGCUUUUAGCUGCUUUACGGAACUCAUGAAGAGGAUGAACCAGAACUUUCCGCAUGGAGGAGCUAUGGACACUCACUUCGCCAACAUGCGCUCGCUUAUUCAGAUUCUUGAUUCUGAACUCUUUGAGCUGAUGCAGCAGAAUGGAGACUACACCCACUUUUACUUCUGUUACCGAUGGUUUCUUUUAGACUUUAAGAGAGAAAUGGUGUAUGACGAUGUGUUCUCUGUGUGGGAAACCAUCUGGGCUGCCCGCACCAUCUCCUCUGGCCACUUUGUGCUCUUCAUUGCCCUGGCCCUGGUUGAGCUGUACAGAGACAUCAUUCUGGAGAACAACAUGGACUUCACUGACAUCAUCAAGUUCUUUAACGAAAUGGCUGAGCGACACGACGUCCCGAAACUUCUGGUGAUGGCCCGAGACUUGGUCCACAAGGUCCAGAUCCUCAUAGAGAACAAGUGAUGUGGCGUCUCCAUUUCUCCAUCGGCGCUCCACCGUCUAAUUAAAGAAAACUACUGCUUGUGCCCUAUUUCUGCGUAUCAUACGUUUAAACCCAGCUGAUAAAGCGCAUCUUUCUCUUGACCUCCUGCUGAGAAGCUUCUCAGAGGGUUCUGUGCCGGGAAAACAGUGAGAGUUGGCCCAAAACACAUUUUAAACUAAUGUAGUGCUGGAGAACAACAACAGCCAAAUAAAAUGAUAACACCUGGGAAUAUAUAUAUAUAUAUAUAUAUAUAUAGAUAUAUGGUUGAUCAUAGUUGAUCAAAGUUUUGUAUUGGAAAGACUGAAGUGGGCUGAAAUGUUAAUUACAGUACUAAUGGUGAUGAUAACAGAACCAAAUGAUGUGUCUCUACCAACACAGAUUCUUUGAAAAGCACAAAAUAUCCGUUUUUGCAAAAUGUAGUAUAAAGAAACCACUAUAUUCAGAGUGGUGAUCACUGCUAAAAGACGUAGAACCCAGAUUCUUAAAGUAUUACAUUACAUUAUGUACAUUAUGGCAUCACAAUAUUUGCACGAAGAAGAUAAAAAACCCCAGUCAGUGUCAGCACAUCCUCCUGUUUUCAGGUAUUAUGAAUUGAGCUUGUAUUAUACAAACAGAGUGAUUUUCUUUUUUGUAAUUAUGACCUAAGCUUUCUGCCCCCCGGUGAUGCUCGUCACUCUGUGACACUCAGUUUAGCUGCUACACAAGUAUGUACCUCACUCAGCGAAACGACCUUAGUCGAGAAGAAAAGAAAAAAACAAUCUAUCUAUAAUAGAAGUAUAAUCUCGGAGAUGUGUUUAUUUUUAUCAGUCUUUUUUGCCUUAAGUUCCUUGGUUUAGGGACAAGUGCCAUGUGUUAGUUUCUGCUCAGUGAGUGAUUUAAAACUACAAGGUCUCUGAAUCAGAAUGUGGGCCGAAUGAAGAAGCCAUUAUAUGUGAGACUCGUUCAUGCGUUGAUGUGUUUGGCAUAUACAGUAGAACAGUCACAGUUGUGUAUAAAGGUUUUGGCAUCCCCUUUAUUCAUUUUUGAAGUGAAAAGAAGGAAAAACUGCAUAACAGAAAAUGUAAUUUAAUGCAAAUCACAAUGCACAUUCACGACUUGUUUUAUGUGUUGAAUGAAAAAUAGUUGAGACGCAGAUGGUUGGAUGUCAGCAGGGGGCGAGUAUUAUUGAUUGGUUGAUCUGCAUAUUGUGAUGUGUCUGUGUACCAAACUACACUGACACAUCAAUAAAAUCACAAUAAAAGCGUGUUUUUAAAGUUAGGAAAUGUUUAGAAAAAAUUAAGCAGGACUGGUAUGUUUCAUUAAUUCAAAUGAACACAUUUCAGCUAUUAAUAGAACAAAUUUGAUGCUAGGUGUGAACAGGAUUUUGGUAAGACCUGAUAUUUUUAGCAACAGGGUGCAUUUUUACCCUGUAGGCGUAAUUAAAUUAAUUUCAGCCCUUCAGAUUAGAGGAAUCUGUGAUUGUUGAGUGUUAUUUUCUAAUAACAUGUCUUGGUCUAAUUAGGAUAGUUAAUAAAGGGUGUGAAAAUCCAGAACUACAAUUGUCAAAAAUAAUGAUUUUGCUUUAGUAUUUUGCUUUAGUUUUUAGUAGAACCCUUUCAGAACCUGCAUCCAUUACAAUGGACAUCAUGUAUUUUUUUUAUUUAUCUUUAUUUUUAAUUUUAUUUAUCUUUAUUUUUAAUUUUCACUAUUUGAGAGCUGUUGUCCAUCAGAAUAGACUAUAAACCAGCCAAUGAACAAGUUUAUACAUCAAUAAAACAGUAACAUGGCCCCACCUACUGCAAAAACCUUGGAAAAAACAACAAUACUAGAGCAACUGGGGCAAAGUAACAGUCAUUUUUACUAAUUUAUUGUGAUUUGGAAACCUUUUAAUCAUGUUUAGGAAUGAAUUGUGAAAUACAAAAGGUCAGUAUUAAAUAUAAAAUGUUGUACACACGCUUCCAAUGCAAUUUAUUUACAAUUUACAAUUUACAAAGAUUUAUUUGCUAUAUAGAUUUUAUAGUAGAUUAUUAGUCUUCUUUUCUGUGCAUUACAGACAGAAAACUGCUUACUUAAUUUUUUUAAUCUCUAUCACUGGAGAUCAUUCAGUUCUGAAGGGGUUAGCCAAAUUAAAAAUGAAAACUCUGUGUUAAGAUUUGCAGUAAAAAAGGUAAUUUACUUCAUAAGUUGUGCUUUCUUCAUUUAACUUCAUAAAUGAAACAGAAAACAUGUAAUCUGCACCGGGGUGCCCAAACUUUUACAUACGAUUGUAUAACAUUUACAUGAAGAGUGUGUGUGUGUGUGUGUGUGUGUGUGUGUUAUGCUCUGAACUACCAGCAACCGAAAUUUUUGUAUGGUUGUCUCAUACUUUUAGCACUGGGUUCAGUGUGAUUGUAGGAAUCUGCUAAAAUCUUGUAACUCAAACCAAGUGUUUUAAGUGCCAGUGUUCUCAACACUAACCUUCACCCGUCCAUAUCUGUGUGUUACCAUUUCUUAAUCGCUCUGUAUACAUUAGACUUCAGAAACCAAUAGAUCACACUAUAAAAAUAUUCAGCGAAAUGAAAAAAAUUAAAUUAUUUGUGAAUUGUAAAAAGUGUUGUAUUUGAAAGUGACGAUUUAUUUAUGAGAAACAGAAACCGACAGAAAGAUAACCGAGACUAUGUGAAAAGAUUAUAUUCUAUGCUUAUAUAUUUUUAUUGUAAUCUGUGUAACUACAUAGUAUAUUGUCAGAACGUCGUGCCACUAAAGAUAAUCUGUAUUGUAAUAUGGAAUAAAUGUGAACUGUGGUGAA